CGUUCAUUCACUGGGAGCCGGCUAAGACCGACUAAUCUCUCACGCAGUCAUUCCCUCUACCCUAAUAAAGAUCCACCACCUCUCCUAGAACUCGGUCCGAGGGACGCUGCUCUCCUGGCCCUGCCAUCACUGAAGCGCCCAGGCGUCCCGGAAGAUCCGACCUGAGCGCAGACCCCGCGGACCAUGAGUCCUCGGAGGCAGCGAGCGUCGGUCCCGCUGCUGCUGCUGCUGCCGCUGCUGCUGCUGCUGGGCGGCUGCCUCCUCGUGGCCGCCCGGAGAGACAAGGGGGCGGCAGGCAGCGCGGCCCAGCCGGCCCCGGGUCCCGCGGGCGGCUCCUCCGGCCGCUUCGUCAGCCCCGAGCGGCACGCGUGCAGCUGGCAGCUCCUGCUGCCCGGCCCGGGGCCCGCGGCGGGCAGCGAGCUGGCGCUGCGCUGCCAGGACCCGGACGGGGCGCGCCACCAGUGCGCCUACCGCGGGGAGCCGGAGCGCUGCGCCGCCUACGCCGCCCGCGGCGCGCACUACUGGAAGCAGGUGCUGGGCGGGCUGCGCAAGAAGCGGCGGCCGUGCCAGGACCCCGCUCCGCUCAAGGCUCGCGUGUGCGCGGGCAAGAAGGGCCACGGCGCUGAGCUGCGCCUGGUGCCCCACGCGUCCUCACCCGCGCGCCCCACUGCGGCGGGCUUCCCCCCGGAUCCCAAGCCCCGCGCCAGGAGCCGGGGGCGCCUCCGGGAGCCCGCGCCCGGCCCCUCCGGAGGGGCCCGACUUCCCGCCGGCGCGUCUCCCAGAGGGAAGCCGUCUGAGACCAACGGCGGCAAGAGGAAGGCGGCCUCGGACCCAGACCAGGAGCGACCCCUGGGGACCGGGCCCGAUCCCGACGGGCUGGACGAGAACGCGAAGCUCACGGAGACCUACUGUGCUGAGAAGUGGCACUCCCUCUGCAACUUCUUUGUCAAUUUCUGGAAUGGCUGAGGCUGCCCGCCUGGGGAGGAACCUGGGUGGGGGGAGGUACGCAGCCGGGGAGGAGAAGUUAAGGGCAUCUUAGGCCAGGAGAUAAGGGAUGGAGAGUGGGGAGGAGUCCAGGUUCUAGAAUGGGGCGAGGGGGUGGGAGGGCGUGGGCCUUGGGAUGAGAGUGUAAGGGGUAUGGAGAAUCUCUGAGACAGCAGAGACGUUAAACAUUUUUGAAGAGUCUCAACCCUGAUUAAGAGCAGAAAAAAUAGUGGAAACAGAAGUAGGCAUACCUUAAAUGUGCAAAAACUGUAGACUGGGGAGAGAGACAGGAGUAUAGAGGGAGGCUGGAAAAAACUAACGGGGGAAAAGUGAGGAGAGUGAUGUAAAUCUCAUGUGGGAAUCAGGAUACAACAUGUACUGUUUAACACAUUUGUAUUAAAAUGUAAUCAGGAUCUAUUGAUACCCUGAGCCAGGUUGAAUUGUUUAGUGACUUCUCACCCAAUCAGCUGACGAGAUUCCCAACUCUUUUUUUUCUCCUUUUGGAAUUAGUAUGAACUUGGGUACUGCUUCGUGUCAUAGAUGACCUCUAUUGGGAUAGAAGCCAUUCAGAGGUCAAAAUUGCCUCCAAUGAAAAGAUUUUCAGGAUGGUUGCCCUUGAAUUCUUUUAGAAGUGUUACUUUUAAGCAGAGGGAUGCCUUAUGUUCUGAAAUUUUCCCAUUAAUCUUCUAAAUUCAGAGGUGGAUUGUAGUGCUCCAGUAGGUUUAAAAAAAGGAUCCUCUUUACAAUUGACCAUAUAUUUUUUUAAAAAGCUGAAAUUAAGUAUAUAUCUCAGAGUCAUUUGGACCAGUAUGGAAGUUGUAUCUGUUUCAUGUAAUUAACUGUUAACAUAUUUCAUUUUAAGUAAGAUGCGAUGAUAACUUUGCGCAUGUUAGGUGCUCAAUAAAGACUGUAUGGAUAACUUGAAAGAGCUGGCAGGGCAAUGGAAAUUCUGACUGCAUUUGAUAUAGUUCUGAGUGUAGCUUGAAGUAAGUUCCCAAACAUCUCUUGAAUGGUAAGGAAAAGACAAGAAGUCUGCAUAAAGCAGGAGUGUCAAACUGGCAAACCUUGGGUUGUAUCAUUGUUCUUUUGGCCUGCAUGUGGUUCUCUCAGUUUUCCUCUCUUCUUCCUCCCUCUCAAUUUGGAGGUGUUGCCAGCAUUUAAAAAUUAAAUAAUUUCAUAUAAAAAUUAA